CCAAUGGUUAUCUACUGAUUUCAACAUUUCCUUCACUUUCAUGAAUCGGCGCCCUUUAAUCCCAGAGCGCCUUGAAAUACCCACGGCAUUUCUCGCGAUGCUCUGCGCUGCCUGACGCUGCGUGUUAUCGGUCACGACACCUCAGUGUAAACAGCCAUGGCUGCCCUGAGAAGACUUAUCCACUCGCUCGCUCACAGCGCCAAAACCGGGACCUUCACGACACGGAAACAGCAGACAUGUUUCAAAGGGACAAAAGCGCUGAAAGUAACCGCAGCCGGAGCUUGCGUCACCGCCGCGGCCGGUGCGGCUUAUUAUUACUGCUGCUCGUUUGACGGUAGACGCUCCGGCUUGAAGAGCCAUGUCGAAGCUCGACUCUUUCAUCUGGCGCUGCCAUCAGUCUCUGCCACCGAUAAGGCUAGAACCUAUGGUCUGGAUGAUGGAGACGCGUACAUGUCGUCCUAUGAAAACAGAUUUCGUCUGUUUAGUUCAGUGGAGUACGAAGGACAGCUCUACAUGACGCCACUCAACUUCAUCGAGUCCAUCACUUCCAAUGAACCCAAGAGUAGGAGAGUAUGGAAGGCUCUUACAAAGAAGGAGUUAGACAAGAUGCUGGCUGAUACCCCCCCUGUGUGGAAGGGAUCAUCUAAUUUGUUUAGAAAUCUCCGUGAACGAGGUGUCAUCAGUUACACAGAGUACAUGUUCCUGCUCUGCAUUCUAACAAAGCCCCGCGCAGGCUUUAGGAUUGCUUUCAAUAUGUUCGAUGCAGACGGGAAUGAAAUGGUGGACAAAAGGGAGUUUCUGGUGCUGGAAGAAAUCUUCCGUAAGAAAAAGGAUAAAAAAGAAGUUACUGAAGACGUGCAGAGACUUGACCAGCAGAGCCUGCAGCUGUACGGUAGUCCCAAAUCGCAGACGCACAGUGUUCUUAAAAAAGACAGCCGGCAUGUGGAGGCCCAGGGCAUGUGGGAUGUUCUCAGACGUGGCUCGAGUCAAGUUCUGUUUUCUGAUCUCACUGAGCAUGUGAACGACAAAACAGAGACCACGCUGCUGGUGCAUUUCUUUGGGAAAAAAGGCAAAGCCGAGUUGAAAUUUGAAGAUUUUUACCAGUUCAUGGACAACAUGCAGACAGAGAUGCUUGAGAUAGAGUUCCUCUCUUACUCCAAGGGCCUGCCCACCAUCAGCGAGGAGGACUUUGCUCGGAUCCUGCUUCGCUACACCAACGUGGACGAUGUCAGCGGGUAUUUGGAGAAUGUACGCCACAGCAUACCGGAUGAGAAGGGAAUCACAUUCGAGGAGUUCAGCUCCUUCUUCCAGUUCCUAAACAACCUGGAGGAUUUCACCAUCGCCAUGCAAAUGUACAACUUCGCUCACCGCUCCGUUGGUCAAGAGGAGUUCACUCGCGCGGUCUAUGUGGCUACAGGCAUCAAGCUGACCCAUCACUUGGUCAACACAGUCUUCAAGAUCUUCGAUGAGGACCACGACGACAAACUCAGCCACAAGGAGUUCAUUGGCGUCAUGAAAGACCGGCUGCACCGUGGUGGCGGGGGUGCCAGAGUGGAGGAGAAGUUCACCUCUUUUAGAACCUGCAUGAAGAAGGAGCUUUCAUCCAAAUAGGUGAAAUCCAAUCAUCAGUGCAUGUCUGACAAAGUGGACACGCUACGCCUUACUGUGCUUUCUACAGGGAGAGUUGAAGAAUUGGUUUAUAUUAGAAGUUCUGAAAUAAACAGAAUGAGGCACAAACAGGAUGAGGUCGGCUUAAUGGGGAGCUGUUGCAAGUUGUCAAAUCAACAAAAAAAAACAUAAACCUGAAGAGACAAUUCACUUAAGUCAGUGUAGCAGCGCUCUAAAUCAGAACUGUUUGUUUGCUGAAGUGCUUUUGCCUGCUUAGUAAGAUAUUUAAAUAUUUAUUUAUUCAUCUAUUUGUAAAUAUAUUUAUACAUUUUAGAUUGUAAAGGAUCUCUUUAUUUAUUGAUCUAAAAGUCCAACAUGGUCUUCUAGCAGCUCUGCUAACUCUCCUUCUGUCCUGAGCCGGGUUGUGGGCGACGGUAGCAUUUCUCACAUAUUUUGUCUUUCUGGCGGCUCUGCAGCCCCCCUGCACAGAUCAGCUCAGGACACCGCUCCCCCUCCUCCCUCCUCUUUCUUUCUUUCUCCCAAAGCGCUGCAGCUGAAAUCCUGGAAGAUCCUUAAGAGCCAGCAGGCCUGAACAAACUCUCUCAGGCGGUGGCUUUUCUCACUGUUUAACUACAGGCAGCUAACACUGUUAAUCAUUUCUUGGCUAGUACAGAAAAGUGCUAUUUUUAAGUCCUCUUUAUAAAUAAAUAUGCAGAAUAUUGAAGCCAUAUGUUUGUUCCCCUCCUGGGACACUUAGCCUAAAUUGUUGUCAUUUUUAAAGUGUUCCAUUGAAAGGCCUUCCCUUUAUGCUCUGUGAAGAAGAGCUCACACUAAAGAGGAUCCCUAACUUCUCCUGCUGUGCAUUAUGUUACUGCUGCUUCCUGCUACAAUGUUUGCUGUGGGUGCAGUUCAGUACUU